UUCUAACAUUUUUGUAAUGUGAAUCGCUUCGUUUACCAAGUGUUACUAAGUGAUAGAUUGAUCGAUAUUCUCUAUCAACAUUAGAAGACUAGACCACAAUAUUGGAUAUCAGUGUCAUAAUGUGAAGGGAUGAGACUUACAAGCAACACCGGGUUAUUGGCGAGUGUAUCACAGAAGAACAAUGCAGCUAAAAGCAGAAGUGAAAGCACGAUCACCCCGGAGCUGCGCUGUGACGUCACACCAGCUCCGUUCAUGCUGCGUCCCUACGCGGGCCUCUACAACCCGUUCCCGCACGCCUGCUCCGUACUCUGCAACCACCCCGCUGACACUGAGGCUAAGGAGUUCGUUAAACGAGCUAAGGAUGCUUGGGCUCUCGAGGGCAAAACCCAUUACUUCCAAGAAGAACUGGCUACAUUUCACGAUGGUAUGGACAAGGAGAAGAUCCGAACGCCCCACGAUAUUGUUACUGAAGACAUGUUUCGAAGGUAUACGGAGACGGACUCCCGGCCCCUGACGCCGGCGCCGACGUUAGCGAGCGGCAAGUCACGCGGCUCACGGCGCUGCCUCACGCCCGACCAGCCGCACACGCGUACUGCCAUCGUGCUGGACUUGAGGAGGAGUCACAGUCAGGAAACCCUCUAUUACCACGGCUACACAACAUCAGAGUUGACAGCUGGGCACACGACGAGCGUUACCAACGACCGUUCCACACUACCGUCUCUAAACCUAUCUGAAGGGGCCCACGCUCGACUUAUAAAGGGACAGUGUGAACAACUACCCCCCUUAGCCUCGCCCUUAGUACUGUCCAAAAGAGCUGAAAGAAUCCUGCCUCCGAAAGAACCGAUCAGCGUUAGAACUGCUAAAAAAAACCAACUGAAAGCGUUAAACUUGAAUAAACCUGCGAAGGGCAAGAGUAAAACGAAUGAACCGCCAUCAUCUCAAAGGUCUAAAGGAGACAAGGACACUAACGAUGGCAGCGACACGGGCCUGGGAAAUAUGGAUGAUGGAGGUAGCGGCGAACGACGAAGGGGCAAACGAAGACGCAAGGGCAGGCAGGGCGGCAGUGACAGACUCACAUCGGCGGGACUUGCCGCGCAAACGCAACAGGAUCCGGAGACUCAGAUCGCCGGCAUAGGCACAGACUCUCACAACCCAAGCUCUCGAGGAUCCAUCGCGAAGGCGGCUGAUGAGGACGACAUCAUUCUGCCGGUGAUCAGAACCGCCACAGCCAGAAAGACUGAUUCGUUUCUUGAUGAUGAAAUCCUCAAGUUCCUCCACAGGGAAGUGGACGAGGACGCUAUCGAAACCGAAUUUGAUGUUAAGCGGCGCUACGUCCUACAAGAAGCUCUGCGCACGCGCCCGGAGCGGCCUUACGGCACGGAGAUGCAGACACUGCUCAAAGAGUUGAAGGUCCCGGCUGUGAGUCUCGGUGACUGGCUGCACAUCCCGCGGGUGUUCUCCCGCAAGAACGCGCAGUUCACGCUGCCUAUUGACUCGAAUGCGCUGCAAGAUCUGACGCCAAUGCAGUACGCAGCGAGGUUUGUAACCUUGAAGAAGUCGAAGCAGCUAUUGUAUCUCACCGUGCUCAGAAAGUUCAGACCAGAAGGAUAUAGGAUGCCUAUAAAGGAUAUAGAAGAAGGACUGAUUUUGAUGAUGGGAGGCAUUCUUUCAACGAACCAGGCGCGCCAUUUAAAAAAUAUUAUGAACUGGGAAAACUAUGUUGAAGAAGACAAUAUUCCUGACGAGAUAAAAUUGACUUUACUCGGUACCGGGCACAAAAGAAAUCUCGAUAUUGAAGGAGGAGACGCCGGAGAGGCAGCUUUAAACACAGUGAAAUAUCGAACAUGGUGCGGCAUAUGUGCAAUUUGCGAGAGAAUGUACGGAAGAUUUCCGCCCAGAGAGAAAGAUCCACCUGAUGGGAUGGAGCUGAGUGAUUUUACCAUGCUGGAAACAAGACUAGCUGUACUCAAGGUUCACAGUGGACUGGUAGAAAUACUGAACACAAUUAGAGUGCGAUGAUUAUAUUUUUAACAAUCGUUUAUUGACAUGAUACCUAUAUUUUGUAAUAAAUUAUGUACCUACUAUUUUGUUACUCUUAAAGUAUGAAAUAAUA